AUGAGCAUCAUGGUCACUCCUACUCGAGCGACGUCAAAGUCAACGAAAACCUGGGCUGAGAAGAUCUACAAUCCCGUCGGCUUUACCAAGGGGUACAACUUCGCGCUUUACUUCAUCUUUGGGGGUGCAAUGGUAGGCUUCUGCCUCGCACGCUUCAUGUACCUCAACUUCGACAACAACUUUUGCCCAAGUACACCAUCGGGUGAUGGAAAUGGCGCCGCACCCGGCGAAUGCUACUACUUCCUGAACUUCGAUCGGUACAAGAUUGGAAUACUACUGCAUCUUGCUAGUGUACUGCCAGCGGGCAUCCUCGCUGUAAUGCAGUUCACGCCAUACAUUCGACACCGUUGGAUUAUGGUGCAUCGCAUUUCCGGCUACUUCGCGAUCCUUCUCUACGCCAUCAGUCUCGUAGGAGCCUUGAUGAUUGCACGUCACUCAUUCGGUGGUGGUCUCGAUGUUCAAGCGUGGAUUGGGUUCGUGGGCACCGGCGUCUUGGUCUGCUUCAUCAUAUCAUACAUCAACAUCAGGAGGUUGCAGAUUGAACAACACCGCGCAUGGAUGCUGCGAGGAUGGUUCUACGCUGGAGCAAUCAUCACGAACCGACUUAUAAUGAUCAUCGCAGCCAUGAUCAUAUCAAAGCAGGAAUACUUCGUUGCCUGGCCCUGCACGAAGAUCGAGUCGACUUUUUCGGACGCUUCCGAAUUUCUCUCAAGCUAUCCAUCUUGCGCCGCCUAUAUCAACGGUACCGAUCUGACCGAGUUUGCGCUUGUGAACGCCAGCAUGGACGGUCCUGGAGGCGCGAAUGCUGGCGCAGCGUUGAACGUUCCAUUCGGAAUGGCUCUAUGGCUGUCUGUGGUCAUUCACGCAAUCGGAGUAGAGAUCUACCUACACCUUACACCAAAAGAAGCGCAACGCCUCCGACAAGUCAGCUAUCAAAGACAACUCGAGGCUGGUCUGCGCAACCCCGGAUCUGCAGGACUCACAUCUGAUCGAUUGGGUGACGCGGAGAAAUGGACGCCAGAACAGCAGCCAAGGCUGGCCAGCACGGGUACAGCAGUGAGCACGGUUUCUACCGUGAAUGUUUCCCAAGAGACAAAAUAG